CCGCGCUCCGCCAACCCCGCGGCUCCUCCGCCGGCCCCGGCCCCACCGGCCCCGCUCAGCCAAGCCCAGGCUCCGGAGCUGCCGCUCAGGACAUGGUUCUCUGCGUACCGGGAUCUUGUCCUCUACUGGCUGUGGAGCAGAUUGGGCAGCGGGCCCUGGGGGCCCAGUCCGUGGAACUGCCUGAGCCAGCCAUGCAGCCCUUGCCAGCUGGGGCCUUCCCAGAGGAAGUGGCAGAAGAGACCUCCAUCAAGCCAGAGAGUGAGCCAAAGGUGCUAGAUCCUGAAGAGGAUCUGCUGUGCAUAGCCAAGACCUUCUCCUACCUCCGGGAAUCUGGCUGGUACUGGGGUUCCAUUACCGCCAGCGAGGCUCGGCAGCACCUACAGAAGAUGCCAGAAGGUACAUUCCUCGUUCGAGACAGUACUCACCCCAGCUACCUAUUCACGCUGUCGGUCAAAACCACCCGCGGCCCCACUAACGUACGCAUUGAGUACACCGACUCGAGCUUCCGCCUGGACUCCAACUGCUUGUCCCGGCCUCGCAUCCUGGCCUUCCCAGAUGUGGUCAGCCUGGUGCAGCACUACGUGGCUUCCUGUGCAGCCGACACCACCCGAAGCGACACCCUAGACCCGGCUCCCACCCCAGCUCUGCCGACCCCGAAGCAGGAGUUGCCCCUCGGUGACCCGGCCCCGCCCACCCCCGCGGCCACCGCUGUCCACCUCAGACUGGUGCAGCCGUUCAUGCGCAGGAGCAGUGCCCGCAGCCUCCAGCACCUGUGCCGCCUGGUCAUUAACCGUCUGGUGACCAAUGUGGACAGCCUGCCGCUGCCCCGGCGCAUGACGGACUACCUCCGGCAGUACCCCUUCCAGCUCUGACUCACGGAGCCACACGCUGGACGGGAUGGACAAGGACCCCAGCUGGCCUUGGGCCCCUGUCCGUCCGUCCUUCCUUCCUUCCGCCAUCCACGUGUCUGCACGCACGUGGCCACUGGCCAUUGGCCAGCCAGAGCCAAGCAGGAAGGUUGGAGUAGACGGAGAUAGGGGUGCACACAAGUUGGAAGUCAGGGCCCACCCCCACCCAGGUUCCGUGUGGCUCCCUUGGGGUGAGCUUCGUUGGGAUCAGAGGAGAGGGAGAGAGACGAGGCAGGACCUGGUCUCACCUCGCAGGCUGGGCCCAGGCCUCUCUGCUCAGCUUGCCCACCCCAGCCACUUGUAGACGAUGAAGACUUUCCCAGGCCUGAUUUCUUAAGCUGCGGGUGGGGGCAGGCCCCCCUACCUCCAGCCGGCCUCUGUUUCUGGAGGAUAGACACCAGAGGAACUGAGGUUCACCUUGACGAGGCUCCUUGGGGGAGCCAGGGGUGGGGACAAGAGAGACAGGCCAAGAUGGAAGGGACAGGGACUGCACAGUUAUAUAGUAUUUAUUUAUUUAUUCUCCUCGGGGGUUGGUCUCAGGGGGAGCCACCCACCUCUCUGCCUUGAGCCCAGCUCCGGUCCUUUCCUGUGGAGAGUGUCCCUCCCCCCCCCCCCCCCAGACAUACUCUUGGAUCUAAGGCAGUUGUCAUUGUCCCAGCCCUGCCUGUCUGCUGUGAACGAUGAAUCCGGUUUCUUCUGUCCCCAGCCCUGGUUUGAGAUGGUGGGUGAACAGGCGAAAGAAGGGAGCCAGAGCCUCAGUCCCCAAGCAGAGCCUGUGGCCAGGGCAGUGCCCUAGCUACACAGAGCCGGCCUCCACGUGGACCAGGCCCACAGAGUGUGUGUGAGUGUGAGUGUGUACAUGUACCACGCCAGGAAGGGGCUGGCGGGUUCCAGAGCCACCAUCGCUGCCACUCUGCUCCUGGCAUUGGGACAGCGGGAGAAAUACAUAUCUGAUAAGACUUUAUAAACCAAUUACGAUCCCAAAGUCAGCUUGAUAGUCUUUUCUUCCAUGGAUUUUUUUUUUUUUUCUGUAAUGGCAAUAAAAUGAUGCCUUCCACUGAUGAAGCCCCUUCAGUGGGGCCUCGUUAGAAUUCUGUGCACAG